UAGAGAGAAUGAUCGAGGAACUAAUUCAUGAACUCUCAUGCAAAAAAUAUCAUAGAGAGAUCGAGAGAGAUGCAGGAAGAAUCAUAUGUUAUGAUCGGUGGAGAUGGACGAUACAGCUACGCCAAAAAUUCCAAUCCGCAGAGAGCGGGAGCUGAUCAUGCCAAAACCUUGAUAAUCGAAGCGAUUGCUGAGAAUCUCGACAUUGAUGAAGAUGUCUCGGGUCCAAUUUCAAACAUAUUUGGGAUUGCCGAUUUAGGCUGUUCUGUUGGCCCUAACACAUACGUUUCCAUGAAAAACAUCAUAGAAGCUGUGGUACAAAAAUACAAAAGCAAAGGCCGUCAUGAUUCUAACCUCCCAGAAUUUCAAGUUUUCUUCAAUGAUCAUGUUUCGAAUGAUUUCAAUACUCUCUUUGCCAAUCUUCCCGCUGACAGGCAGUACUUUGCGGCGGGAGUUCCGGGAUCUUUCUACCAUAGAUUAUUUCCAAAGGCAUCUAUGAAGUUUGUAUACUCUGCAUAUGCACUUCAUUGGCUUUCUAGGGUACCACCGGAGGUUGGGGACUUGGAUUCAGCUUCAUGUAACAAGGAAAAAUUAUAUUAUCGAAAUGCAAAGAAGGAAGUUGGUCAGGCUUAUUCUGCACAGUUUGAGAAAGACAUGGAAUCCUUUUUAACUGCUCGAGCAGAAGAGCUUGCUCCCGGAGGAUUAAUGGCGAUCUUAAUGUCCGGACGUAAGGACGGGACUCUUCCAAUACAAUCGUCACUUGGCCCGCAAUACCAACCAUUGGAAUCAUCUCUUCUGGAUUUGGUUAAUGAGGGAAUAAUAAGCAAAGAUAAAAUGGAUUCCUUCAACUUGCCAAUCUACGGGCCAUCAGCGGAGGAGAUAAAGGCUAUAGUAAUAAAAAAUGGGCAUUUUGACAUUGUGAGAUUGGUUACUCGAACCAGAAACUCCAGCCUUAUGCUUACCGUAGAGGAGUGUAGAGCUGGGAUUGAUGGUCUUUUCAGCAAGCAUUUCGGAAGCGAAAACGUGGAUCAACUUUUCGAUCGAUUUUCCAAGAAAGUUGCUGGGAUGCCCCCUCUCAGUGGUGAUGAUUUGAUUAGAUUUAGUUUGAACAUCAUUCUCAAGCGUAAGCCCUGAUCCAUUUUGAUCAACAUAUAUGAUCUCGCAAGUGAAAACGUCAGUACGUACUUAUUUAGUUUUGUUUAUUUUAUGUUUAUUUUGUUUUAAGCAGCUGUGAUUUUGAUGUAAUCAUCGUGGUUGUCGUCGAAUAUCAGUCGAUUUAUUCUAUUAUUAAACUGGUGUGUAGAACAUUUUAUCAAUGUUACUUAAAAAUAUGGGCUCUUUGAAAUCA